AUGGAUCCGCAAAAACUCACGGAGUUGUUACGGGCAACGAUCGACCCCGCGCAGCAGAAACAGGCGGAGGAGCAGCUCAAUCAGAUUCACAAGAUCAUUGGAUUUGCUCCAAUUCUCCUGCAGACAGUAAUGUCAAACAAUGUUGAUAUGCCAGUGCGGCAAGCUGGUGUUAUAUAUCUGAAAAAUUUAAUCACUUCCAAUUGGGCUGACAGAGACGUGGACAAUGGACCUGUAGAAUUUUUUAUUCAUGAACAAGAUCGUGCAAUGAUACGCGAUGCAAUAGUGGAUGCUGUGGUACUUGCACCAGAAUUAAUUAGAGUACAACUAGCUGUAUGCAUCAGUAAUAUGGUUAAGCACGACUUUCCUGGGAGGUGGACGACAAUAGUGGACAAAAUUACAAUAUAUCUUCAAAAUACAGACAUGGCGACUUUGCCUGGUGUUCUCCUCGCGCUGCAUCAGCUUGUGAAAAAUUUCGAGUACAAGAAGGCAGAAGAGAGAGGACCAUUGAACGAAGCAAUGAACUUAUUAUUCCCUAUGAUAUACCAACUGAUGUUAACCUUAUUAUCAGAUUCAUCUGAGCGUUCGGUGCUACUUCAGAAACAGAUAUUGAAAAUUUUUUUCGCACUCACGCAGUAUACUCUUCCGCUCGAUCUUAUCUCAAGAGAUGUGUUUUCACAAUGGAUGGAUGUGGUGAGACAAGUGGCUGACAGACCAGUACCACCAGAGACCAACAACCCAGACUUGGAUGAAGAUGAACGUGCGGAACUCCCUUGGUGGAAAUGUAAAAAAUGGGCCUUGCACAUUUUGCAUAGGAUGUUUGAAAGAUAUGGUAGUCCAGGGAGCGUGACCAAAGAAUACAAAGAAUUUUCCGAAUGGUAUUUACAGACUUUCAGCGCAGGUAUUUUAGAAGUUCUUCUGAAGAUACUGGAUCAGUAUCGUAGGAAAAUCUAUGUUUCUCCUAGAGUAGUACAGCAGUCUAUCAAUUACAUCAAUCAAGGUGUAAGUCACGCGUAUUCGUGGAAGUUUUUGAAGCCGCACAUGUUUGAGAUCAUACGCGACGUUAUAUUCCCGAUCCUUUCGUACUCCGCGGCCGAUGAAGAGCUGUGGAAUACUGACCCUUAUGAGUACAUCAGAGUGAAAUUUGAUAUCUUCGAAGACUUUGUGUCACCCGUGACAGCGGCGCAGACUUUAUUGCACUCAGCGUGUAGAAAACGGAAAGAUAUGCUGCAAAAAACAAUGCAAUUUUGUUUGGAAGUUUUAACUAGUCCAAACGCUGACCCAAGACAAAAGGACGGUGCGUUGCACAUGGUUGGCAGUUUGGCUGAUGUCUUGCUGAAGAAGAAGGUUUAUAGGGAACAAAUGGACAAAAUGUUAUUGCAAUACGUAUUUCCCGAAUUCAGCAGUCCCCAUGGCCAUAUGCGAGCGAGAGCAUGUUGGGUGCUGCAUUACUUCUCAGAGAUUAAGUUCAAGCAGGAACAAAUCUUAGUAGAAGCAAUCAGAUUAACUACAAACGCUCUCUUGACGGAUCAAGAUUUACCUGUUAAAGUUGAAGCGGCGAUAGCACUUCAGAUGAUGCUUUCGGCACAAACGAAAGCUCAGAAGUAUAUCGAACCUUUAAUUAAACAGAUAACGCUUGAGUUGCUAAAUAUCAUACGAGAAACUGAGAACGAUGAUUUGACUAGUGUUAUGCAAAAAAUUGUCUGUACAUAUACAGAACAGCUUAUGCCAAUUGCCGUAGAAAUCUGUCAACAUUUGGCUGCUACGUUUAGCCAAGUGCUGGAGACAGACGAAGGUAGCGACGAGAAAGCGAUAACAGCAAUGGGUCUUUUGAACACAAUAGAGACACUGUUAACAGUAAUGGAAGAUCAACCUCAAAUAAUGGGACAGCUGGAACCGAUUGUUCUUCAAGUGGUUGCACACAUUUUCGGCCAAAGUGUAAUGGAAUUUUACGAAGAAGCUCUUUCAUUGGUGUAUGACCUAACUAGUAAAAAGAUAUCCUUAGACAUGUGGAAGAUACUCGAGCUCAUGUAUCAACUCUUUCAAAAAGAUGGCUUUGAUUAUUUCACUGACAUGAUGCCCGCGUUGCAUAACUAUAUCACUGUCGACACUCCAGCAUUUUUGUCGAACGAAAAUUACAUAUUAGCUAUGUUUAAUAUGUGCAAAGCUGUCUUGACUGGUGAUUCCGGUGAAGAUCCCGAAUGUCACGCUGCCAAAUUAUUAGAGGUUAUAAUAUUGCAAUGCAAAGGACACAUAGAUCAGUGUAUACCAUCGCUCGUACAAUUAGUCUUAGAACGUUUAAUGCGCGAAGUUAAAACGUCAGAACUGAGGACGAUGUGUCUUCAAGUCGUGAUAGCAGCUUUGUAUUACAAUCCUGCCCUUUGUUUAGAAACAAUGGAUAGAUUGCAAGCAAAUUUUGCUCAAUCAACGGAGCCGCUCGCUUCGCGUUUUAUUAAGCAAUGGAUAAACGACACUGAUUGUUUCCUGGGAUUGCACGAUAGAAAAUUAUGCGUUCUUGGAUUGUGUACGUUAAUCAUAAUGGGUCCAGCAAGACCGAUUGCUGUCAAUGAAUGCGCCACGCAAAUUAUUCCGUCUUUAAUACUCCUGUUUGACGGACUUAAAAGAGCGUAUGCCGCUAAAGUUUCAGAUGGGGACGAUGAGGAAAAUGAGGAUGAAGAGAGCGAUAUCGACGAAGACGUCUUGUCAUCUGAUGAGGAUGAGUUGGAUGACGUUAAUCAGGAGUAUCUCGAAAAAUUGCAAGACAAGAUAAAGAGAUCGUCCGCGCAGCAUGGUUUUAACGUUAACGCGACCAUCCAAGACGGUCACGGUGAUCACAGAUCUGACGUUGACGACGAUGACGAUUCGGACUUUGAUGGUAACGAAGAGACUGCUCUGGAGAGCUAUGUAACACCCCUAGAUUCUGACGAGUCCAAUCAAGAUGAAUAUGUUGUUUUCAAGGAAGUUAUACAAUCUAUUGAGAAAACUGAUGUCGCUUGGUACAGGGCUUUAACAAGUCUUCUCACUCCUGAGCAAGAGAAAGCUUUACAAGAAAUUAUCCUGUUUGCGGACCAACGCAAAGCAGCUUUGGAAAGCAAAAGGAUCGAACAGAGCGGAGGUUAUGCCUUUCACUCACAGACUGUGCCCACUUCGUUUAACUUUGGCGGAACGCCUUUAAGCCGAUAAGGACUUAAAAUCAUUACAAUUUUAGAUUAAGUAAGUAAACAAAUUACACGGAAUUUGGAUCAGACGUUUGUAGCACGCGACCAUUUCAUGACCACUCCGAAGACACUACGCAUUUCCCGUUUACUAUUUUUGUGUAAACUUCUUGUACAUUACAAUUACUAAGGCAAUCCAGCAGAAACAUUGCUUUAACACGAGGACGCUAACACUUCAUCUCCAUGAGAUCAGUCUUGUGCAUGCCGUUGUUUCAUUAGUCGAGACAGCAGGUUUGCUUUUUAGCUGUCAUGUGAAAAUGUAUAUUCUCUUUUAUACACUUAUACUAUAAAUACGACCCGAUUUGACUUGAUUGACAUGAUGAUUAAUCGUCUAGCAAGCUAUAUCACGUUUUCUUGACAAUUCGAAUUUAUUGUAUUUAAUUUCUAGAAUUCUGAGUUAAGAAAAUUCUAGCAUGGCUUGCUAGAUAUGUACUCUCGAGAUAAAACUGUACAUUUGAUAAUAUCGUAUCAUGUUUCGUCCAGAAAAAAUUUUUAGCUAAACAAAAUCGAUUAGUUUGUAACAAUAGAGAGGGAGAGUAUCUGUUACAAUAAAAAAUUAUGUUAAAAUUGUUAGUAUAAAUAUAUUAAGAGAAAACUUUUGAGUAUGUAAACUAUGUUAUUUGAUAUUACUAAUAAUUAAUAAUCGAGUAAAUAUGCCAUGCUGUACACGGACUCUACUGCAAAUUGUUAUUCUGCAGUAAAGAAAACGGUAUAAGUUGUCAAAGAAACAACUGUGUUGCCUAUCAGCAAAGUGGAUAGUUAGAUAAGAGUAAUAUAGAUUUUUAAAUAAACACUGUUUUUUUUUCAAGUCCUUGUUUAAGCGUAUAUUGUAUCAUAUGGCCAAACAUUUUGCAGCUAUCAAUCACUUUACAUAAAUCCCAGCACAGCUUACUUUAUUUUGGAAAAUAAGUUCUACCGUUACACUAUCCGACGUGCCCUGAAAGAUGGAGCUGCAUAGACCGAACACGUUAGAUAGCUCACUGUGACGGUAAAGUGUCUUCGUAAUUGUAGAUUUUUCGCGGAACAAUUUCUCAUAAUGUUUUAAUAAAGAACAUCAACGAAAAUGUGCGAUAAAUUUAUACAUAUAUGCAUAAGCGUAGCUCUUUCUUUCACGUGGUGUCGUAACUACAUAGGACGGACACGAAGCAGAAAUAAAUAAACUAUAAAUAUCAGAGCCCAAAAUGAUAAAGGCGUACAAAGAAGAGGUGUUCUGUGCUGUGGUUAGUGAAAUGAUUACUGCACAAGUGCUUUUUAUAUCAGAAUGCAAAGAAUAAUGCAUGCGUCAAUUACGUGUUGCUUCAGAGUACAACUCUCGUGUGGUCUACAUUUAAGUCCAACAGAUCUUAUAUCCGCAAGAAAGCAUCUCCGAAGUUAUUAUGGAUAGUGUGAACCUACCUUACAUUUUGUCAACGCCCCCGUUUGACCAUAAUUACAUUUGCUUGUGUGAUUUCACACAAUCACAAAUUCCUCUAUUAUUUAUUGAAUACGAUAUCUCUCUCUGGUUUUUUCGAUAUAAAACUGCAAGAAACCUGCAACCACGCUACCCACUAUUGAAAAUUAGUACAUUAAUACUUAGGACAGACAUUUUUAGUACAUACACGACAUAGAAAUUAUUUUUCUACUUACAUUCGUUAGCACUAAUUUGGAAAACUCGCACACGUUAAUUAAUGUCGUUCGAAUAAACAGAUUGUAUGUAUUGACCAUA